GAAGUGAUCAACCUGCUUCGACCGGCCGGUGACCUGCUACGUACAGCGUACGGUUUUUUCCAAAAUCAUUAUUAUUGUUAUGAUUAUUAUUGCUGGUUCUGUAUCAUAGACAGAGGAUUAUUGACCGGGGGACUCUUGUCUAUCGCAAAGUGGCCCCAAUGGUUCGGCGCUCCCGUGUGGGGAUUUUGCAUGCGAGCGAAGCGAAGAGAGCAUGCAUGCAUCCAUAUACGCCAAAGGGGGGGGGGGGAUUGGGAGUGGGAGUGGGAGAGGAGAACGAACGCCCUGCAGUGGUGUGCCUGGUGCUUACUCCAAGACCAUAUCAACAUGUGACGGGUGGUUGGACAUCAUCAUCAUAGUUCGUUAGAAUCGACGACAGGCUCCAGGACCCUCCCACGACAACAACAAACAAACAUGCGCAUAACUUAUCGUCCGAGUCAGUUUCUUCUUCGACGUGGAAGGAAGUUGAAAUUUCCCUUUCCCCUUUCCCCUUUCCCCUUUCCCGCCUUUUCACCCUGAACCCCCCUGUCCGCACCCCGAUCCGGUUUAGCGUCGCAGCUGUUUUGGUGAGGCCGGGUUCGCGCUGAUUGGCCGCAGCCGCCUGACCGCUCCCUCGCCCUAUCGAAUUGGGAAAGUAACCCUAAUCCCUGCGCCAAGCCCAAGCACUACGCUGUGUAUGUACUGUAUGUAAUGUACAGUAACAUUAUUACUAACAAGACAACAGACAAACAGACAACGAUCAGAGUGGAACCUGCCAGACGGAUUAUUCUUCCGGGCGAGCAACUUAGCAUUAAUAAUAGUUAGCAACAAGCAACAAGGGCACGGUGCAAGGGUUGUAGUUCCCCCCUCCGAACCACCGACGACGGACCCCCGGAGGGGAGGAUCUUGAUGGUUUCUUGGCCUAGGGAGAGCUCCUGGUUGGCCUGGUUGGCUUGGUGCAUCAUUCAAAAAGAAUUCUAGUCCGGCCUAAGGAAGGGUGGCACCUUGGCACCCUUGAGGCUUGGGGGAGACGAUCUCCCAAGGUUUGUUUUCCAUGAAAUGGGCUUGGGGCCUGUUGGAGUUCGUGGCAUGGCGUGGCGCCCCUAGUGCGGGAUUCUAUCGGCCGCUCCGGGUCGACCAUCUCGUACUAGUAUGUGUAGAUUAUUAUGUAUGAAGCGGGCCAAAAAAAAAAAAAAAAAAAAAAGUCAUUCUUGGGUUGACACUAAUAACAAUAGUUUCCUGUGCACGGGAAAUAAAAACACGAAGCCACCCCUGGGAGACAAGAGAGAUGAGAUGAGAGAUUGUCUAAAACAGCGAGCGUCCCUCCUUUUCGGUCAACACCGACAAUGCCGACAGACAAUGCCAGGCAGGCUCAUGCUCCGGGGAUUCUAUCGACCUUGUUUCAACAAAACGCCUUCUUUGAUCUCCCAAGUUAUCUCUCCUUUCAUUUCUCAACGCCUUUUUUUAACUUAGCCUAGCCAGCCUGUGAUCCUUCAGGUUAUUCUGCUAUCCAUACGCGGAACUGAGGUCUGGUCUUUUCAAUCCUUCGCGGCUCUUUUCAAAUGAUCAUAGGGCUGAUUAGGGGCUUGCUUCUUCAUGUGAAUUACUACUAAAUAACCAUGCACUCAUAGAGCGCAUCCCUCCCCCUCCCCUCCUCCUUUUCUUUGGCAUCGUGCAUGCAAUGUUGGUCGUCAUCAAUUGUGCAAGCCGUCCUCUACAUUUGAUAGUUCUUAAUAAUUUCGUGUUGUGUUGUUUUGACACCUCCAUCCCAAGGGACAAAAUAGCAGACAAAAAUAAUUCAAAAAAUAAAUAAAUAAAUAGAAAAGGUAGCGUUACAUCAAAGAGUUUCAUAUCAAAAAAGCCCA